AAAAAGCCCUUGAAUAACAAACAGCCUCCGAAACCCUAAAAAUUAUACCCAUUCCAGUCAACUUCCCCACUCGACUCUACACCUGAAGCAAAAGCAAUGGCGAACACAGCAUCUUUGGACGAGGAAACUGCAAAAAAAGUCAUUCGUCAGGUAGAAUUUUACUUCAGUGAUAGUAAUCUUCCAAGGGAUACUUUUCUUAAGCAGACUCUCAAUGACAGUGAAGAUGGCUUGGUUAGUUUGGCUCUAAUAUGUUCGUUCUCUCGGAUGAGAACUCAUCUUGGCAUUGGAGAUGCAACCCCUGAAGAUGUAUCUGAUGAUACAGUACACUCUGUCGCUGAAACUCUGAGGACUUCUUGUUUCCUUAAAGUCUCUGAAGAUGGUAAAAGAGUUGGUAGGGUAACUGAACUCGCAAAACCAGAGGAGGUUAUGGAGCAGUUGGAUGUCAGAACAAUUGCAGCAUCUCCGCUGGAGUAUGAUGUGAAGAUUGAAGAUGUAGAAUCCUUUUUUGGCCAGUUUGCUAAGGUGAAUAGUGUAAGGCUGCCUCGUCAUGUUACUGAUAGAAGAUUGUUCUGUGGCACUGCCUUGAUUGAGUUGUCCUCAGAGGAAGAUGCUGCAAAAGUUUUAGAGCAAAGCUUGGUUUAUGCUGGGAUGGAACUAGAGCUAAAGCCAAAGAAGGACUUUGAUGCUGAAAGAGCCAAGCAAGAAGAAGAUGCAAAAUCUCGUUCUCAUUCUGCUUCAAAACUCAAAAACAAUCCCAAAGCUGAAGAAGACUAUCCCAGAGGCUUAAUUGUUGCGUUUAAGCUCAAAAAGAUUUCAGUUGAAGGUGCCAUGGAACAGAAUGGUAAUCAUGAGUCAGCUGCUGAUGAUGUCAAUACUUUAAACUCUGAAGAAGCCAAAGGUGAUGCUGUACAGACUGCUGAUACAAGAGAUGAGCAAGAAAAUACGGAGGAAAAUGUUGAGGGCGGUAAAGAAAAGGAUGAAGAGAAUGAUGGUCCAGAGAAUGAACUCCAAGCAUCUAGUGAUACGGAGAAACCUGGCUCAGCCCAGAAGGACAAGCGUGAUUCAAGUGAAGAAAAGUUAUCUAUUGCUUCUUACAGGGACAACAAGGAUGUAGUUUUGCGUGAGGAUCUGAAAAGUGUUUUUGGUAAAUUUGGCACUGUCAAGUUUGUCGAUUUCAAGAUUGGAUCAGAAUCAGGAUACAUACGGUUUGAAGAUGCAGGGGCAGCUCAGAAAGCACGUUCUGCAGCUGUUCUUGUUGAGGAAGGUGGUCUGAUUGUGAAGAAUUACAUUGCUACUUUAGAUCCUGUAACUGGUGAUGCUGAAAAGGAGUACUGGAGUCUACUCCGCAAUAACCAGGACAGAUACCGGGGAAAUGUCAAGGGAAACCGGGGAAGGGGAGGGAAAUUCAACAGAGGUUGGAAAAACUCUCGCGGUCGAGAAAAUGAUUCAGCUACUCGCCCUAACAAGUUCCAAAAAGUUGGGGCGUCGUGAGAGAUGAGAGGCUGGAAUAUGGCCUCAUGAGUUUAUAACAACAGAUUAGUGAUUUACCAAUUUUAGUUUUACUCUCUUCCAUCAAGCCUUAAUGUUUCUAAGAAGAUUGUUUUUGUUGUUCCUUAUCAUUGUUUUUUGCUGUCUUAUGGGAAUUUUUUACAGUGGAAUUAUAUAGAAAUUAGACCAUAAACUGCAGAAGCAAAUGAAAAUCCAAGCCACAAAAUUGCCACAA